ACGUGAAAAAAAGUUGGGUUUCAACAGGGAAUGAGACAUUUUUUUGGCCAGCACCCUUCCUGACGACGAAACCGACAGUUUUGCCGUUCCUGUGUCUUGCAUGCCGAGAUUUCAGGUGUCGCGUUCCUCGUUUUUCUCGACUUUUCGCCCGCUGCCGUUCUGCUGCCUUGCGCUCGCCGCCGUUUCCCCUCUUUUCUUCGUGCCUACUUCGAAAGCUCGCCGUUUCCUCUUUUUUCUCCGCUGCAACUUACCUCUUUCCUCCGCGCUCUGUCGCGGUGUCCGUCCCUGUUGGCAUGCUUGACUCACUAGCGGAAGUUCGGGUCCCGUACCUCGCCUCCGCGUCUGCAUCUUUCUUUUAGGUUUCCACUUUUUUGUACAACUUUUCCGUCUCUCUUCUUCCCCGUAUCGACGACAACCGCACCUCUUCUUCUGCCGAUCUUCAGAGUCUUUGUUCCCUCUCGCAACUCCGCGUUGCUGCCCUCUUCCACGAUUUCACACCGACGCAGACGCCAACACAGCAAAAAGCGACUUCUGCGUGUAAGUCAGUCUCUGCCCAACCGGAGUGCCCCUCGCAACUGCACGUUCUUGCAUCUUUCCGCGUCCAAAGAGCGCGUCGUCCCUCACGUCUCUCUAGGACGCUCGCGGCUGUUUGCCCCUCCGCCCCCCCGGUAGUCUCCGUUUCUUUUCGACAUUUCACUGACUCUUCCGUUGAACCGGCAAACUCCGCUCUCGCCGCACUCAGUCUCUACACAGGUCCUUACACUCGAGUCGCUCGCUUUUCUAUUCAAGAUGGUGUUGGAGGCAGUGAUGCUCUGCAUCGACAACAGCGCCUACGCGCGCGACGGAGAUUUAGUGCCUUCGCGUCUGGCUGUUCAAGAAGAAGUGGCUGGCCUCAUCGCCGGAGCCAAAACGAGCAUGCACCAGGAAAAUGCCGUCGGCGUCCUCACCUACGGCGAAGAGAGAGUCUCUGUUCAUCUUUCACCGACCAACGAUAUGGGCGCAGUUCUCUCCGCUCUUCAUGGUUUGCGCUGCGGAGGCGAUUCUGACUUUGUCCGCGGCAUCCAAAUUGCCCAGCUGGCUCUGAAACACCGCAUGAACAAAAAUCAGAAGCAGCGCAUUAUCGCGUUUGUGGGAAGCCCCAUUAAAACUGCGGAGAAACAACUCGUGACUCUCGGGAAACAACUGAAGAAAAACAAUGUUGCCCUUGAUUUGAUUAGCUUCGGCGAGGUCGACCACAACGCACAGAGACUAAAGCUUUUGAACGAGGCAGUCGACAGCAAUGGAACGAGUUGUUUGUUGGAGUGUCGCGCGGAAGCUGGGCAGGUGCUCAGCGAGGUAGUUCUUCGCUCGCCGUUGCUACGGGAUCCCGAAACAGGCGCGGGACCUCGCAGCAUGGGCGUCGGAGAAGGGUCGACGAGCGUGGGUGCGAUGAACGACUUCGGCGUCGACCCCAACACAGACCCUGAGCUGUACAUGGCGCUUCAGCUCUCUCUGCAAGAAGAGCAGAAUCGGACUGCACGCCUCCAGGAACAGGCAGCUCCCAGUGCCGCAGAAGAAGCUCGGGGAACCGAACCGACCGCGACAAAUGGCUCUGGGGCGGACGCGUCGGGUGUCCCUACAGUCGCGCAGAUCGAGAUGAUGGAGGACAUAGACGACGAGCUUCGUCAGGCGUUGCUUCUUUCUCUCCAGGACUACAGCGGACAGCCUGCAUCUCAGGAAGCAGAGAUGUCAGAGGCCGCACCUGCUGAGCAGAGAGGGGAACAGGCAGAGACGCCGGUGGAGGCGCCUAAGGAAGAAAAGAGAGAACAGCCGGGAGACAGCGAGCUGGCGCAGGUUCUCGGCUCUUUGCCUGGAGUCGACGUCUCGGACCCUCGACUCCAAGAGGUCCUCAGAGAGGCUGCAAGCUCUCCCGACGAAGAAGCAAAAGAGACAGAGAAGAACAACGAAGGAAGCUGAAUAAGGAGACAGAAGAAGACAUGCAGGACAGAAGUAAAUGCUCCUAAGACGUUGAGACACAAAUGAAUCUAGGAAGGAAACAUGUAGUGAUCCUACGAGAGUGGACAGUAAAUGGACGUAAGAGGGAUGAACUCAAUCGAACCUGAGAAGGGGGUGACGAGGUACUUGCUGCGCUACUCGGAGGUUCGAUAACACGAAAAUUAGGGAACUGGUGUACCAGCCUUUGGUUCGUUCUUCGCUGCUUCUUCCGUCGGUUUUUCUGGACAAAAGGGUCUGCGGGGUGCGACCGAGGAACUCUUUUUCGGCACGGACAGGAAAGACACCCGAACAACGGGCACGCAUCUUCUUUCGUUUUCUCUGUCGGGAUGUUCUUGCUGCACGAGUGAAACGAUGGAAUCCCGCGUUCCACCACCCUUGGUUUUCUUUUCUUUCGCUGCCUGAAAACAACCGCGGUGGACUUGACUGCCGUCCGCCGGUUCUGCGCCUCAAUUGUCUCUCAACGCUGCUGUAUGUACACCGCGAGUUUCUCUUUUCCACCGUGCCUGGCUCUCUCUGUGUGUCGCGCUUGCCUUCCGCGUCUCGCCGUCCCCCUUUGCUUCGUCUUUUUUACAAGUGUAGAACCACGUUCGGGGAACUCGAGGUCCCCAGCUGAAGUGAAAGCUCCUUUCAGCACCGGUGAAAACAGCCGUAGAGGAUGGCUGUGGAAUCUAGAUUUUAUUUUCUGUGACACCAACAUUCGCAUGCGCCUGCCACCGUUCGCUGACUGUGUUUACGGGGAACUGG